ACUCAAAACAUAUCAUCUAAUAUUUUGAUCCCAUAAUUGGUAAAAUGGAUGAAUCUGGUAAAAUACGAGAAAUCGAUUCUGCCGAUUCCUCAGAUGAAUCUACAGAAUUUUCAGAUGCAAGCGAUCAAAUUUCAGUUCGAAAUGCAUUACAAGUAUCGAGGCCUUCGAUGCCUGGGACGGUACAAGAAUUUGGUAAAAAUAUUUUCCAAAGUCUAGUGAAACAUUCAGAAAAACAUGGAACUGUGGUAGCUCCAACGUUCGUUUUCAAGCAAACCAUUAAGGAAGGGGACAAUAUAGAAACCAGUAUUGCUGGAAGUUCUGGUUUUACGCUUGAUCGAAGCAACAAUACAUAUGAAAAAACCUCAACAACCAAGCAAAAGGCAGCCAAGUCUAAUGAUGCAGUAGAAAAUAAAACUAAAGGAGAAAUACCAUUCCAUUUUGAAGAUUCAAUUCGCGUCAACCAUAACCUGUUCCUGCUUUAUAAUGAAAAACUAGCAAAGUAUGGUGAAGUUUACAGAGGCUUGCAGACUCAUGAAGGAUCUCGAGGAUUCGAUCCAAUCGCCAUAAAAUCUAUCAAACUCAGCGAUGAAAAUAAGAAAGAAGUGGAAAUCAUCCGAAAGCUUCGUUCCCACCCAAAUGUGAUAACUGUCCUUCAAUCUGGGACUUAUUUCUUUGGUCCAAUAGAACAUUUAUUCAUCGCAAUGGAAUACUUUAAAUCUAAAACCUUGACAGACUUUGUCAAUGACGAUCCAAAGCCUAAGACUGACGAAGUCAAACAUAAACAAAUAGAACAAUUUGUUGAAGCUGUCGAUCAUAUUCACAUGAACGAAGUUUUGCAUCGUGACCUCAAACCAGAUAAUAUCUUGGUAUCGGACAAUGGGAGAAUUCUCAAAAUAAUUGACUUUGGUUUGGGAAAACAGUUAAAAAAAGGACAUUUUGUAACCAAAAUGAGCACUUUACGUGUCGGUACUGAUGGUUGGAGGGCCCCGGAAAUAUACCUUUCUGACAGUUGUUCUGGACAAUCGGACAUAUUCUCUUCCGCACUUGUAAUUCAUUUCAUAUACACCGAUGGUUCCCACCCAUUUGGUGAAGACCCCGAUUCAUGGAAUCUUAAUAUAAAACUAUAUCAAGGAUUUGACCUGAGCAAACUAGAAAGAGACCUAGAGGAUUUGGUUGGUUGGAUGAUCAGAUACCAACCACAACAGCGUCCAAAUACAGAGCAAAUUCGGAAGCAUAAAUACUUUCGUGGCCAACUUGUUUGUCCUCACCCCAAGCUAAUACCAAAUACUCCCAAGAAGGAAAUUGUGAAAGUCAGGAGAGAGUCUGUAAAAAUGAAAGAACAGCUUGAAGAAAAAAUGAAACAGAUGCAACUUGAGAAUGAACAAGAAAAAAGGAAAAUGAUGGAAGAGAUGGAAAAGCUUAAAAAGAAAAUGAAGAAAGAAUUCAGGCAAGAGUCAGAAAGAAUGCGAAGAGAGCAUAAAAAAGAAAUGAAGAAGAUGCAAGAUGAAAAGAGGGCGAUGGAAAUUGAGAUAAAGAAGCUCAAAACUGAAAAGAAAGAUUUUGCUCAGCCUCCCAAUAUCUCUGCAACAAACCAGCUUGCUGUUUCCACUAGUGCAAACAAGUCCAUUUCUCAAAAGACUGCUAAAGUCAAGUGUCAAGGUAAAUUUUGUUGAGACAUUUCUCCUGUUAAUAAUUAUUUUCAAAUUGGUCAAAUAUAAAUCCAUUUAUUUUAUUACAGCAUCCUUUGAGGCCCAUAUCAAAAACACAAAAGAGUGAAAAUACAACUAGACACAGUAAAUGUAAAUCUGAAUAUGAAUUUGUGUAUUAUCAUACCUUGGCUUUUAAACUUCUAUAUCACAGGCAUUUCCUAUGACUUUAUAAAUAACAAACAGUAUUUCUGCUAUACGUUUUGAUUUUAUCAAUCCAAGUGCAGAAUCUCAGUCUUCAAGUUAAAAAUCAAGGCUCCAAAUCGGGGUGGGCAAUUACUUUCCUGGGCCGGAGUGGGCCAGUUCUAGAUAAUAGACUUGCUUACUGGGCCGGAGACUCAAUAUGAGACUAUAAAUAAAAACAGUUUAUUGCAUUUCGAUAAUAAAAAAGUGAAUCCGCAACCACAAUUUUUGGAUUGAAAGGGGCAAUGUAAAAUAUU